AUGGAUAUGGACAGCAUUGAGGGGUUGAAUGAAGUGCGUCCUGCUGUGUACCGCACUGCAAUGAAGCUCCGCUCCUUACAGAAACUCUGCCAUAUGCAUGUUGUGACACUGCGGGAGCUCAUCCCAGCCCUGUGCUCUCUGGGCGGAGCCCGGGACACUGGGGCGGGGCUUAGUGAACAGAAAGUCAGACAGUGCAUAAACAGGAUGUUCCAAAGCGUGUCACAGGAAGUACCUGGGCAGGUGUCGGCAGAGGCGCCAGAACAGACUUGCAGACUGCUGUACAGACUGUUUGACCGGGGACAGACUGGCGCUGUCUGUCGCAGGUCAGUUGAAGCCGCUCUCAUCUCUCUCUCAGCAGACACACUCUCAGCCAAACACAAGGCUCUGGUUCGUCUGGCAGAGAGGUGCAGUGGGAGAGAGAGCGGCACGGUGAGCAGGAGUGGUCUCAGAGUCGUACUGCAAGAACUCAGCCAGGUACCGGCUGUAGUGCAGGAGGACCAUGUGUUUGGCUCAGCUGAGACAGCCGUUCGUUCCUGCUUCAGUGGGGUUCUGAGUGCGUGUGUUUGUGAGGAGCAUGUCCUCUCAUGGCUGCAGUGUGAGCCCUGUCUGUUGCUGUGGCUCCCCACCCUGUACCGCCUGUCAGUCAGCGAGAACGUCACACACUCCGUACGCUGCCACACCUGCAAGGCCUACCCCAUCACUGGACUUAGGUAUCGCUGUAUGAAGUGUGUGAACCUUCAUCUGUGCCAAACCUGCUUCCUGACAGAGAGACACACAAGAAAACACAAGAGCUCCCACCCAGUGCUGGAGCACUGCACUCAGCCAUCCUGGAAAGAAUCCCUAGCCUCAUUAGCAUACAGCGCCCGCCACGCCUUGUUACCACGGCGAUACACACACAGGGAGGCAGAGAGGAGAAGGGGCCUAAUCAGGGCGGAGUCACGAGGGGAGGCGCAGACGAGCUUCACUACCCCUGACCCUUCACCUCAGUCUGCCGCUGAGGACACACCCCCUGACGACAGAGCCCCUCCCACUAAUCCUCCCCAACUGCUGGCCACACCCCCAGCUGUUAGGACCAGGAAGGCAUCUAAAGCCCUGCAAACUGAGGACGAGCAGGAGGAAGCACAGCCACAGAGGAGAGACUCUGUCCUCAUUAAGGACAUCAGGGACCUGCAGAGGGACAAACGGCUGCUGGAGAGGGAGCUGCAGGUAUGGAGGGUAACGGUUCAGUCGGAGCAGGGCUCGCUGGAGGACCGCUGCUCUGAGAUGGAGGCCAACAUGGACACUCUGAGACAACACAACCUCAGACUGCAGGACAUGAUCUCACAGGCUCUUAGCAUGUCAGGGACACAUGCUGACGUCAUGCCUCAUGCUAAUGUCAUCCCACAUGCUAAAUACAGGACAGAGAGAGACAUAGCCUGUCCUGUAGAGUCUCAGAGCUCUGCAUCUUCCUCUGGAUCCAGAGAAAGAGAGAGAGAAGAGGAGGAGAGGGAAGAGGAGGAGAGGGAAGAGAAGGCGAGGGUAGAGGAGGAAGAAUGUUACACAGCAAAGAUGCAGAGGAAUGAGAUGAAGACAGAAGAUCAGAGAGGUGAUGAUGAUGAAGAGGAGGAGCAGACUGAGACUGACUCAGUCACAGAGACUCACACUCCCACCAUGCACGGGAGAAUUACCUCUAACCCACAGCCCUGUGAUGGGCAGGUCACUGGGCCAAUGAAAGACCAGAGUGUCUCUGAAGAGGAGUAUUCUGGGAUGUGUAGUUUAGUGGAGGAGGAGCGACUGUGUGAGCUGGUGCAACGACUAAUAAGUGAGCUGUCGCUACACACUCACACACAUACAGACUGCAGACAGGAGUUGUUGGAGGCUGCAGAGGAAGUGGGGGACUCAGUGUGUCAUCUCGUCUAUGCAGUGAACACACACUCCGUCCCAAACGCACACACUUCAUGCCCCAUCCUCCUACACAACCACGGGCCAGAGCAUGUAUCCAGAAGGCUUCUCUAGACUUUGACGCCUGAUGUUGUGAGUUAUUGUGUAAAUUCCAUACUUUCCUGUGUAAUACAUAUGAAACUUAGAUUUGUAUGAAGUAGAGUUGUACUGAAAUUAUUCUGCUCUUUCAUUAGAGAAACCUAUGACAAAAUGUUUGAAUUCAUGUACAUUAUUUAUUAAA